GGGGACCAUCCUGGCCCUCGCCAUCAUCGUCAUGGCCGUGGCUGUGCUGGGCUGGUGGCUUCGCCUCAAGAAGGUCCCCGCUCAGGAGCCGCCCCGGUACCGCUUCCGCAAGAGGGACAAGGUUCUGUUCUACAGCCGCAAGAUCAUGCGUAAGGUGUCCCAGUCCACCUCCUCUCUGGUGGACACUGCUGUGGUCAGUGGGGCCGCGCGGCCGCGCAGCCGCAAGAAGCUCAAGGUGCUCAGCAUCGCCAAGAAGGUCUCUGCCAGCUUCCUGCGCAUCCAGAAGGAGCCGCCCACGCUGCAGCUGAAGGAGCCGCCGCCCUCGGUGCUGGAGGCCGACCUGACCGAGUUCGACGUGGCCUCGUCCCACCUGCCCUCAGAGGUGCUCUACAUGCUCAAGAACGUCCGGGUGCUGGGGCACUUUGAGAAGCCGCUGUUCCUGGAGCUGUGCAAGCACAUGGUGUUCCAGCAGUGCCAGCAGGGCGAGGACGUGUUCCGGCCCGGGCAGCCCGACAGCAGCAUCUACGUCCUGCAGGAGGGGAAACUGGAGCUGCUGCUGACUGAGAGUGACGGGAAGGAGACAGUGAUGAAGGAGGUGUUCCCUGGGGACAGCGUGCACAGCCUGCUGAGCAUCCUGGAUGUCAUCACGGGCCACCAGCGGCCGUACCGCACCGUCUGCGCCCGCGCCGCCGAGGACUCCACGGUUCUGCGCCUGCCGGUCGAGGCUUUCUCAGCCGUGUUUGAGAAGUACCCAGAGAGCCUGGUCAGGGUGGUGCAGAUCAUCAUGGUGCGGCUGCAGCGCGUCACCUUCCUGGCCUUGCACAACUACCUGGGCUUGACCAACGAGCUCUUCAGCCAUGACAUGCAGCCCCUGCGCCUGUUCCCCCAGCCCUCCCACGCCGCUCGCACCAGCCCGGUCCGGCACGGCAAACGCAGCCUGGGCAGCACCGACGACCGGGAUCCCGGUGAGCCCCCCAAAAACCCCCAACCCCAAUCAUUUUUUGGGGUUUCACACUCAGUUUUUGGGAUUCUUCACCCCACAGCCGAGCUGAUCAAACCCGCCGGGGCGGAGACGCCGCCGGCGCCGCCGCUGAGCCGCUGCAUCUCCAUGCCCGUGGAUAUCUCUGGCAUCCAGAAGGGGCCCCGCUCGGAUUUCGACAUGGCGUACGAGCGCGGCCGCAUCUCGGUGUCGCUGCAGGAGGACGGCGGCGCCUCCUUCGGGCAGGCAUCCCAGGAGCCCAAGGAGCGCAAAUCGGUGACGCUGGAGGAGCAGCCGUCGGGGAUUUACCACUACAGCUCCUGCCAGGAGGGGCCACAGGGGACAGGGGGACAGGGGACAGGGACACAGGGGACAGGGACACAGGGGCCGUGUCCCUUCGGGCCCUUCCAGGGCCGCCAGAGCAGCGACAUCUUCGAGGAGGCCAAGAGGGAACUGAUCAAACUGAUGAAGGUGGAGGACCCCUCUCUGCUCAACAACCGCGUCCUGCUGCACCACGCCAAGGGCGGCACCGUCAUCGCCCGCCAGGGGGACCAGGACGUCAGCCUGCACUUUGUGCUGUGGGGCUGCCUGCACGUGUACCAGCGCAUGAUUGACAAGGAGGAGGACGUGUGCCUGUUCCUGACGCAGCCGGGCGAGCUGGUGGGCCAGCUGGCCGUGCUGACGGGCGAGCCCCUCAUCUUCACCAUCAAGGCCAACCGCGACUGCAGCUUCCUCAAGAUCUCCAAAUCCGACUUCUACGAGAUCAUGCGGGAGCAGCCCAGCGUGGUGCUGAGCGUCGCCCACACCGUGGCUGCCCGCAUGUCGCCCUUCGUGCGCCAGAUGGAUUUCGCCAUCGACUGGACGGCCGUGGAGGCCGGCCGGGCGCUCUACCGGCAGGGGGACAAGUCGGACUGCACCUACAUCGUGCUGAACGGGCGGCUGCGCUCCGUCAUCCAGAAGGGCAGCGGCAAGAAGGAGCUGGUGGGGGAGUACGGCCGGGGGGACCUGGUGGGAGUGGUGGAGGCGCUGACGCGGCAGCCCCGCGCCACCACGGUGCACGCGGUGCGGGACACGGAGCUGGCCAAGCUGCCCGAGGGCACCCUCAACAACAUCAAACGGCGGUACCCGCAGGUGGUCACUCGCCUCAUCCACCUGCUGAGCCAGAAGAUCUUGGGCAACCUGCAGCAGCUCCGCGGGCCCUUCCCAGGGUCCGGCCUGGGCGUGGCCUCCAGCUCGGAGCCCAUCAACCCCACCAGUAACCUGGCCACGGUGGCCGUGCUGCCCGUGUGCGACGAGGUGCCCAUGGCGGCCUUCACCCUGGAGCUGCAGCACGCGCUCAGUGCCAUCGGCCCCACGCUGCUGCUGACCAGCGACAUCAUCCGCGCCCGGCUGGGCUCCUCAGCUCUGGAGAGCAUCCAGGAGUACCGGCUGUCGGGCUGGCUGGCGCAGCAGGAGGAUCUGCACCGCAUCGUGCUCUACCAGACAGACUGCACGCUGACCCCCUGGACACUGCGCUGCAUCCGCCAGGCCGACUGCGUGCUCAUCGUGGGGCUGGGGGAGCAGGAGCCCGCCCUGGGAGAGCUGGAGCAGAUGCUGGAGAACACGGCCGUGCGGGCCCUGAAGCAGCUGGUGCUGCUGCACCGCGAGGACGGCUCGGGCCCGGCGCGCACGGUCGAGUGGCUCAACAUGCGCAGCUGGUGCUCGGGCCACCUGCACAUCCGCUGCCCUCGCCGCGUCUUCUCCCGCCGCAGCCCGGCCAAGCUGCGGGAGAUGUACGAGAAGGUUUUCCAGAAGAGCCCCGACCGCCACAGCGACUUCUCGCGCCUGGCGCGCGUCCUGACCGGCAACACCAUCGCGCUGGUGCUGGGCGGCGGCGGCGCCAGGGGCUGCUCCCACAUCGGGGUCAUCAAGGCCAUGGAGGAGUCGGGGAUCCCCAUCGACCUGGUGGGGGGCACCUCCAUCGGCGCCUUCAUCGGGGCUCUGUACGCCGAGGAGCGCAGCGCCGUGCGCACCAAGCAGAGAGCCAGGGAGUGGGCAAAGUGCAUGAAUUCCGUGUUCGAGACCGUGCUGGACCUCACCUACCCCAUCACCUCCAUGUUCUCGGGCUCGGCCUUCAACGCCAGCAUCAACCGCGUCUUCCAGGACAAACAGAUUGAGGACCUGUGGCUGCCCUACUUCAACGUCACCACGGACAUCACGGCCUCGGCCAUGCGGGUGCACACGGACGGCUCGCUCUGGCGCUACGUGCGCGCCAGCAUGACCCUGUCGGGCUACCUGCCCCCGCUGUGCGACCCCAAGGACGGCAACCUCCUCAUGGACGGGGGGUACAUCAACAACCUGCCAGCCGACAUCGCGCGCAACAUGGGCGCCAAGACGGUGAUCGCCAUCGACGUGGGCAGCCAGGACGAGACCGACCUGUGCAACUACGGCGACUCGCUGUCCGGCUGGUGGCUGCUCUGGACACGCCUCAACCCCUGGGCUGAGAAGGUCAAGGUGCCGGACAUGGCGGAGAUCCAGUCGCGCUUGGCCUACGUGUCGUGCGUGCGGCAGCUCGAGGUGGUCAAGUCCAGCUCGUACUGCGAGUACAUCCGGCCACCCAUCGACCGCUUCAAGACCAUGGACUUUGGCAAGUUCGACGAGAUCUACGACGUCGGCUACCAGCACGGCAAGCUGGUGUUCGAGGGCUGGAGCCGCGGGGACGUCAUCGAGAAGAUGGUGAAGGAUCGGCGCUCGGCCGACUUCUACGAGAGCAAACGCAUGGACGUGCUCACCUGUCCCAGCGCUGGUUUCACAGACCUGGCUGAGAUCGUGUCCCGGAUCGAACCCGCACAGCCCUACCUGUCGGACGGCUACGGCGACGAGGAGUCCGAUUACCUGACCGAGUACGAGGACGAGGGUCCCGAGUCGCUGCGGGGGGAGGAGGACGCGGCCGAGUGGGGCAGCAACGAGGCCGAGGAGGAGAAGCCCCUUCGGCACCGCCCCAGCCAGGCCGGGACCCCCCCGCCCCCCCCCCCCGCCGACCCCGACGCCUUCUGAGGGACCCCAAAUGUCCCCAAAAUGUCCCCAAAAUGUCCCCAACCCCCACCUGGGGGUCCCUGCCCCUCCUCCCCCCCAAUUCUGGCACUUUCCUGUGGGGCCUGGGACCCCCAAAAUCCCCCCCAAAUUCCCCUCCCCCCGCGCUGUUGCACUGUCCCACCCCCCCCCAGCCGGUCAGGGGUGGGGGCGCUGCUGUAAAUUUUUUUUUUUUCGGUUCUUUUUUUUUUUUAACGGUUCUUAUGCAAAUCCAGGCCGGCUGGAUGGGUUGUUAAUUAAUUAUCGGUUAAUUAUUAAUUAAUUAUUAAUUAAUUAUUGAUGCGUGGAUUCAUUCUUACAUGAAGCGUUCCGGGAUUUAGUUAAAAAAACUGGUGCUGAGGGAGGGUGGGAACAGGCGUGAGGCGCUCUUGCUUCCUAUUGGUCGAGGCGCCUGUCAAUCACAGCUCAGCCAAUCACAGCCGCGCACUCGCGGCUCUCAGCCAAUCAAAACCCACUAAGCGGAGUGGGCGGAGCUUCGCCUCACGGAACGGCGGCGGCUCCGUUCCCGCUCCCGCAGCGGUACCGGAGCCGUUUCCGUGCGGGGAUCGCUCUUCCGGUGCCGCCAUUAAUAAAAUUUGGGGUUCCCGGUGUCGCCAUUAAUGAAAUUCGGGGUUCCCGGUGCCGCCAUUAAUAAAAUUCGGGAUUCCCGGUGCUCCCCGGUACUCGCGGCUCCCGCGCUUCUGCCUUCGUGGCGCUGGGUCUCCUCAUUGGCCAGCGCAGCUGUCAAUCAUCGCGCUCAGCCAAUCCCAGUGGAGCUCCAGCGCCCCCUCAGCAGCGCCGUUGUCAGGUUUAAUUCCCAAUUUUUGGGUUUAAUUCCGGUUUUAUCAAUUUAAUCCUCAAUUUUUGGUCUUCAUUCCUGUAUUUUUUUUUUUUUGUUUAAUUCAUAGGUUUUGGAGUAAAUUCUUGUAUUUUCUUUAAUUCCCAAUUUUUGGGUUUUAUUUCUGAAUUUUUGUGUUUAAUUCCCUUUUUUUUUGUUAAAUUCCCCUGGGGUUUUCUGGGUUUGACUUCCCUGGAUUUUUUUUUGUUUAAUCCCCAAUUUUCCUAUUUAAUCCCCAAUUUUUUCUGUUUAAUUUCUUUUUUUUUUUUUUACUUUUCUUAAAUUCAUAUUUUCUGGGUUUUAUUCCCUUGGGGUUUCUUUGUUUAAUACCCAAUUUUUGUAUUUAAUCCCAAAUUUUUGUAUUUAAUCCGCAAUUUUUG